AUGGGGCAUCAUAGCUUGGGCGAAAACCUUUCGCAGUUCGACAAAUACCAGGUCGUCGUCCUGACCAGCCUUCCGCUGAAGCUUCAGACACUUAUCGGCGACUACUGUCAUUCCAAAGGCAUCUAUGUCGUGGCUGCCGAUACCUUCGGUCUUUUCGGCUCGAUUUUCUGCGACUUUGGCGACAAAUUUACUGUCAUCGAUCCGACUGGCGAAACUCCUCUGAGUGGCAUUGUUGCGGGUAUUGAUGAGGAGGGUCUUGUUUCUGCACUGGACGAGACUCGCCAUGGGCUCGAGGAUGGCGAUUAUGUAACCUUUUCUGAGGUCGAGGGCAUGGAGGGCUUGAACGGAUGUGAACCACGAAAGAUUACAGUCAAGGGACCCUAUACCUUUUCAAUCGGUGAUGUUUCCGGCCUUGGUCAAUACAAGCGCGGGGGUCUUUACCAACAGGUUAAGAUGCCCAAGAUUGUUGAUUUCAAGAGCAUCACUGCCGCGAUCAAGGAACCCGAGUUUGUCAUCUCCGAUUUUGCCAAGUUCGACCGACCUCAGCAGCUUCACCUCGGCUUCCAGGCCCUUCACGCCUUCGUGGAGAGCCAGGGCCGGUUCCCCAACCCAUUGAACGACGAGGAUGCCACAGUGAUCCUUCGCUCUGCAGAAGCGUUUGCAAAAGCUGAGGGUGUUGAGGUUGAAUUCGACGAGAAGUUGCUCAAGGAGCUUAGUUACCAGGCUCUUGGUGACCUCAACCCCAUGGCGGCUUUCUUCGGUGGUAUUGCCGCGCAGGAAGUUCUGAAGGCCGUAUCUGGAAAGUUCCAGCCUAUAAAACAGUGGAUGUACUUUGACUCACUGGAGUCUCUUCCCACUAGUACCCCGCGUACCGCAGAGCUCUGCAAGCCUUUGGGGACCAGAUACGACGGACAGAUUGUUGUCUUUGGACGCGAGUAUCAGGAGAAGAUAGCCAACCUGCGCCAGUUCCUCGUUGGUGCCGGUGCUAUUGGAUGUGAGAUGCUCAAGAACUGGGCCAUGAUUGGCCUCGGCACUGGUCCCAAGGGCAAGAUUACCGUCACCGAUAUGGAUUCCAUCGAGAAGAGUAACCUCAACCGCCAGUUCCUUUUCCGUGUGAAGGACGUCGGUAAGAUGAAGAGCGACUGUGCGGCUGCUGCUGUGCAGGCCAUGAACCCUGACCUGCAUGGCCACAUUGAAUGUCUCAAGGACCGUGUGAGCCCUGAAACGGAGGAGACUUUCAACGAAGAGUUCUGGAACGGCCUUGACGGUGUCACCAAUGCACUAGACAACGUGGAGGCGAGAACAUAUGUUGACAGACGUUGCGUAUUCUUCCGCAAGCCUCUGCUUGAGAGUGGUACGCUAGGUACCAAGGGUAACACCCAGGUUGUGCUCCCGCAUUUGACCGAGUCUUACUCCUCAUCCCAAGACCCACCCGAGAAGGAGUUCCCUAUGUGCACAGUUCGAAGUUUCCCCAACAAGAUCGAGCACACUAUUGCGUGGUCUAAGGACCAUAUGUUUGAGAACCUCUUUAUUACCUUCCCCUCGACUGUCAACCUGUAUCUGACACAGCCAAACUAUAUCGAGUCCACCUUGAAGCAAGGCGGCAGCGCCAAGUUGACUCUGGAGACUCUCCGCGACUAUUUGACUACUGAACGCCCGCGGACAUUUGAGGACUGCAUUGCGUGGGCUCGGAUUUUGUUCGAGAAGGAGUUCAACAAUAAAAUCCAGCAGCUUUUGCACAACUUCCCCAAGGACUCGACAACGUCUAGCGGCACACCUUUCUGGUCUGGUCCCAAGCGAGCUCCUGAGCCGCUGAAGUUCGAUGCCAACAAUCCUACUCACUUCGCUUUUGUUGUGGCAGCGGCGAACCUGCAUGCUUUCAACUACAACAUCAAGUCUCCCGGCACUGAUAAGGACAUCUACUUGCGCGAGCUUGAGAACGUCAUCGUGCCUGAGUUCUCCCCUGCGGAAGGCGUAAAGAUUCAGGCCAACGACAGUGACCCUGUAAGUCUCUGA